GUCAAACUACUAGAUACGUGUGUUACAAAGCUUAUUCAUUUGAAAAAUGAUAUCACAAUUGGUCACAAUGAACGUUACUCUAGUUCUUUUAUGCAUAUUCAAUAUGAUGAAGCUUGAAGCAUACACAUAUUUAGCACCAAUAAAAUUUGAUGAUUCUGGGGAAAUGUACAUUAGUUUGGGCAAUGUGAAUAUUUCGUUCAGCUCAGAUUAUGAAUUAACAAUAAGUGAUAGAGACUGUACAAAAACACUUAAUUUAAAGCCACCAACCGAAGAAGAGAACCUUUUUAAACGUGGAUACCGUCCAGGAUCUUCCUUAUGCAAAAGCUGGUUCCUUCUGAAACGACCUCACAAAAAGAGAAGAACUAAAUGUUUAUUAUCUGAUUUACUCUUUUAAUUACAAUUUCCAUAAUAAACACUUUUUAAUAAAUUGUAGUGUUUAACACUA